AUGAGUGGGACUGCAUUCCCAUCUCCAGCUGCUGAGAUGGCAGAAAUUAAUCGCCUUCAGUAUGAAAUGGAAUACACCGAAGGAAUCAGUCAGCGCAUGAGGGUCCCAGAAAAACUCAAAGUAGCUCCUCAAAAUGCUGACCUUGAGAAGGGUGUCCAAGAAGGAUUUCCAAAUGCCAGUGUAACUAUGCAGGUUCCAGAGCGGAUUGUAGUGGCAGGUAAUAGUGAAGACAUUCCAUUUUCCAGACCACCAGACCUUGACCUUCUUCAGUCUACUCCAUUCAAACCACUGGCAUUGAAAACUCCUCCCCGUGUUAUUUCUCUUAGUGAUCGACCGCUAGAUUUUUUGGACCUAGAAAAACCUCCACAGCAAACACCUCAAAGUGAAGAGGUCCGCUCAGUGGGAAGACUGAAGAGAGAACGUUCCAUGAGUGAAAACGCCACUCGACAGAAUGGCCAGCUGGCCCGAAAUGAUUCCAUGUGGCACAGAUCAGAUACUGUCCCAAGAAAUAAAAUGCCAAGGUUCCAGUCACCUCUUUCGACUAAGGAUUGCACUAUUUCUCUCUUCAUUUACUAUGCUUGUACAAACAGUGUGACACCAUCACUGCAACAGGCUCGUGUCUGUCCUCCCAAUAUGUUACCUGAAGAUGGAACUAAUCUUUACUCUGCUCGUGGCAUUUUGUCGUUUAUCCAGUCUUCCACUCGUAGGGCUUACCAGCAGGUCUUGGAUGUGCUGGAUGAAAACCGCAGCUUGGACAAGGACAAUAGGAAUACCUUUUUUGAUAACUUUCUACAAGAUCUCAUGCAUUUAGGUAAGAAUAUUCUUUUGUUGUAUGUAUUGGGAAUGGGAGUUUCUGUUUUAUACAACACAUCUAUGUGCUAGAUGGAGAAAUGUUGUGGUAUGCCCUUAUGGUGCUGAUUAGAGUAAGACCUAGUCCCAGUAAGUAUUGUGCUGAGUAGCAGAAUUUGCUAAGGCUCCUAGGUCCCGAUCCUUUUACAUGAAACUAGUGGUUGUGAUAUUUUUGAAUGGAUCUUGCUUGGUUUUAGGCCAGGCCAUAGUGUUCUCCCAAUGACCUCAGCACAAAGCCUCUGCCUCCUACGUGUACCAGCCGUAAAGAUCUUCAUAACUAGAUUCUCUUUGUCUUUAAUUUUAUAGCCUGAAGUAUACAUAGGUUAAAUGCAUGGUAAAAAUACUUCCUCUUGGCAUUGGAAAAAAUAGAAGAAAACAAAAAAAGGUUUCAGGCUCUUAAACAGUUUGUUACACAUCAUAGAUGUGGAACACUAAUGCCUCAUUACCAGAGGUACUGAAAACACAUAGUACCAGCUUUGUCAGAAGGUACUGCUGGUAUUCAUGUCUUCUGUAAACUGGGACACAGUAACUCCUUAUGUUAAAGUUCAUGUAUAUUAUAUAGUUGCAGCAACUUAAAAAGUGUACUUUUUCUUCCUCUCUGGCUAGGAAAAAAUAAAAAAUAAAAAAAAAAUAAAAAGGGCAACACUUAAUAAGGAUGUUUGUACCAUCUACUUGAAGCUUUUAGUCACUUCUUCCUGGAGGGAUCUACCUCUCUUCAGACUAGAUAUGGGCCUUAGGCAACUAGCCCAGGUCUUCUGAAUUACAUCUAGCAUAGAUGAAAAAAGAAAAGACAAAUCUCCUCUUUCCCUAGAGGGAGAAGUGGGUGAUUAAAAAGGCUUUUAUGUGUAGAUGUAUAUUUUUUUCUCCAUUGUUUUUUGGUGAGGUUUGGUUUGGGGGGGAAUUUUAUUUUUUAAAUCCUGAAGCUUUCCAUGCUUAUUUUAUAAGUCUGAUAACCUCUGCCCGAAUAUAUUCCAGCAGUUUGUCUUCCAUAAGUAAAGCUGUAUCAUCAGAAAUUUGCCUAUGUCUUAGCUGCAUAAACAGUCAGUGUUGAUUAAACUUGAAUAAGAAAUAUGAAAGAACAACUAACAACAAAAUAAAUAGAUAUUAUAUGGUAUUGAAAGUGGAAGUACUUUGAUGUUCCUUUGUUCUGUGUGUUUUACCUCUUAUCUCUGUUUGUCAUUUCCUGUUUCUGUCUUGUGCUUCCU